GGCAGCGCAUCACUAUAAAUCCCCAGUCGUGCCGGUCACUCGCAGUUCUUCCAGCUCCUCCAGUGCGAAUAUUGUGGACUUGCCUUGGCUGAUCAAUCAUAAUGUCCAGGCUCACAGGAGUCAUCCAUGAGAUCAUUGAAAUAUUCUUAAGCUAUUCUGGGGUGGAAUGUGGCCCCCACAAGCUGAACAAGAAUGAGAUGAACAAGCUGAUUCAGAAUGAGUUCUCUGAUGUCAUCAAGAACCCAAAGGAUCCAAAGACAGUUGAGGCUCUGAUAAAAAUCCUUGAUCAGAAUAAAGAUGAAGAAGUUGACUUUGACGAGUUCUCUGACCUGCUGUGUAAGGUUCUUAAAGCCGUCUACCGUGCUAUGGAGAAAGAAUGCCCUAAGAAAGUGCCAGUCCAGAAGACUCAUGAGGAAACCCUCAAAACACAAGUAACUCAUGAUGAGCACCACCAAUCAAAGCCUGGUGCAGGCAAACCAGAGUCCCCUAUUAAAUACUACCAGGAUCCAGUGGUGUACCCUGUUCUUGAUAAGGCUAAAGAGGGGGAGCAGAAAGACCAAGGAAAUACACCAACCACCAAGGUCCAGUCAACAGAAGAAAAGUUCAAAAUUGGCACCUUCUCAGCAGGGCAAGCGGCAACAACAACAGUAACUGGAGAAAAGCAAGAACCCCCUAAAGACAACCAGAAAGCUGACCAAAAGCCAACUCAAGUAACUGAACCAGUGAAACCAGUCACCCAGACUGUCCAGAUUACCCAGGACAAAAAAGAUCAGGUAUCACAACAAGACAAAACAGUUACACAAACCCAACAGGACAAGGAUAAGAAGGAUCAGGUGCCAAAUCCAGUCAAACCAGUGACCCCAACUGUUCAGAAAGAAAAGGAUCAAGAAACCCAACAAGACAAACCAGUUACACAAAUCCAACAGGACAAGGAUAAGAAGGAUCAAGUAACUAAUCCAGUGAAACCAGUGACCCCGACCCCUGUUACACAAAUCCAAGAGGACAAGGAUAAGAAGGAUCAAGUACCAAAUCCAGUGAAACCAGUGACCCCAACCCCAGUUACACAAAUCGAACAGGACAAGGAUAAGAAGGAUCAGGUACCAAAUCCAGUGAAACCAGUGACCCCGACCCCUGUUACACAAAUCCAGCAGGACAAGGAUAAGAAGGAUCAGGUACCAAAUCCAGUGAAACCAGUGACCCCGACCCCUGUUACACAAAUCCAACAGGACAAGGAUAAGAAGGAUCAGGUACCAAAUCCAGUGAAACCAGUGACCCCGACCCCUGUUACACAAAUCCAGCAGGACAAGGAUAAGAAGGAUCAGGUACCAAAUCCAGUGAAACCAGUGACCCCGACCCCUGUUACACAAAUCCAGCAGGACAAGGAUAAGAAGGAUCAGGUACCAAAUCCAGUGAAACCAGUGACCCCGACCCCUGUUACACAAAUCCAACAGGACAAGGAUAAGAAGGAUCAGGUACCAAAUCCAGUGAAACCAGUGACCCCGACCCCUGUUACACAAAUCCAAGAGGACAAGGAUAAGAAGGAUCAGGUACCAAAUCCAGUGAAACCAGUGACCCCGACCCCAGUUACACAAAUCCAACAGGACAAGGAUAAGAAGGAUCAGGUACCAAAUCCAGUGAAACCAGUGACCCCGACCCCUGUUACACAAAUCCAAGAGGACAAGGAUAAGAAGGAUCAGGUACCAAAUCCAGUGAAACCAGUGACCCCGACCCCAGUUACACAAAUCCAACAGGACAAGGAUAAGAAGGAUCAGGUACCAAAUCCAGUGAAACCAGUGACCCCGACCCCUGUUACACAAAUCCAACAGGACAAGGAUAAGAAGGAUCAGGUACCAAAUCCAGUGAAACCAGUGACCCCGACCCCUGUUACACAAAUCCAACAGGACAAAGAUAAGAAGGAUCAGGUACCAAAUCCAGUGAAACCAGUGACCCCGACCCCAGUUACACAAAUCCAACAGGACAAGGAUAAGAAGGAUCAGGUACCAAAUCCAGUGAAACCAGUGACCCCGACCCCUGUACCACAACCACACAAACCCACCACUCCACCUCAAACAGUGCCUACUGGUACUCAAACAGAAUGCUCCAUAAAUCAGCAGCAGCCACACCCUCCAAUGUAUCAGCAGCACCAAAUCCCCCAAAUGCCUCACAUUCCUCAGAUGCCCCAAAUGUAUCAACAGCCCCAAGCCCCUCCAAUGUAUCAGCAGCCCCAAGCCCCUCAGAUGUAUCAACAGCCCCAAGCCCCUCCAAUGUAUCAGCAGCCCCAAGCCCCUCAGAUGUAUCAACAGCCCCAAGCCCCUCAGAUGUAUCAACAGCCCCAAGCCCCUCAGAUGUAUCAACAGCCCCAAGCCCCUCAGAUGUAUCAACAGCCCCAAGCCCCUCAGAUGUAUCAGCAGCCUCAGCAGCCUGGGCACCAAUACCAGUCCCACUUUUCCACCCAGAAGAAGAACCACUGAGGUCAUACAAACUGGGAAGGAUCCAUGUGUUCUACUAGAAGUCAAUGUACUAAUACAGUAUGUGCUUUUACUGCAGAGCUUGUUUCUCUUUGUUGCACAAUAAAGCAACAAUUUCCCCGUG